GUUUCCGAGCCGUUUGGACCGUUUCUAGCCACUAGCUGAGGAUCAUUGAGCUGUUUUUUCCCCUGAAACUGGAGUGAAAGUGAUCCAGGAAAAUGUUCUUCACGUCGCCAGAGCGGCUUCGUCUGGUUUGUUGAGUUUAAUCAGACCGCGACUCAAGCUAACGCUGCUAACGCUGCUAACUCUGCUAACUCGAGCCAAAGCAGUUUACAGGAGUCCUGACCUUCAUGGCGUCUGAGGGGGCUGAACCUCCGUCGGGCCCGGCGCCCUCAGGCGACGUGGUGAACUCGAUCCGGGAGCGGACCAUCGCAGAGAACAGCAUAGUGGUCCUGCUGCAGGGGCUGCAGGGGGAGGUGACCACCGUGGACCUGAGGAACGAGAGCUGGGCCCGGGGACGCGUAGUCAACGUGGACGCCUUCAUGAACAUCCGUCUGGAGGAGGUUCUGUACCAGGACCGGCGGGGUCAGCGCACCCAGCUGCAGGAACUGUUCAUCACCGGCAGGAAUGUGCGCUACGUGCACAUCCCCGACCACGUGGACAUCAUGAAGACCAUCCAGAACCAGCUGGCUAAGAUCCACCGAGUCCGAAACUUCGGCAGUGAAGGAGGAGGCAGGAAAGAGUUCGCCAAGAAGAAGUGACUCGUUCGGUUUUCUAUGAGGACAGGAAACUCGUCCGACCUGCGAAGGUCCAGAAGAACCAAAAAAACCACAAGAACCGAAAAACCACAAGAACUGUUUUCUGGUGUGAAACCGUUUGAUCAGAGAGAAGCUGCUCCUCAAUCACAUGAUCAAUAAAUAAGCUGAACACGAGAUGCUUGUUGGGCUAUUUUCUUCUGUUUCUGUCUUCAUCAUCGUCUUCAUCCCCAUCUGCUGAUGCUCGUCUUCAUCAUCAUCUUCAUCGCCAGCUGCUGAUGCGUCAUCUUCAUCGUCUUCCUCGUCAGCUGAAGGAACUCGGUCUUCGUCAUUGUCUUCAUCGCCAGCUGCUGAAGCUCCGCCCUUAAUGGGACGUUGUGCAUCAUGUUGUGUGUACUGGCCAGGAUCCAUGUGUGUGUUAUUAUUGGUGUAUUAUGACCUCCAGUAACGAUCUGACACAUUUUUGUAAGUGAAGAAUUUUAGAUUUGUUAAUACACAUGGCGGCAGGGCGGUGCCAUGACGGUCUUCCAUCUUGAAACUACAGCUGCCAGCAAGGGACAAACAGCAGCAACGACGUGUUUUCCCUGCGUACAGCGGUUUCUGCUAAAAUGCAACAGCCUCUCGCUGGUUUAGUUCUUUUGUUAACAGUUUUCUCAUCAGCUUAACUGACAUGCUUCGACGGUCAUCUUCCAUCCUCAUCAUCACUGGAUGACACCUC